CUCUUUAAAGGGCUCUGGGUGGGAGGCGUGUCCUGCUCUCUAAAGUCAGUCCAAUCUGAAUGACGGAAAGUUGUCCAACAUUAGAACAACUGCGCCGUCCGUCUCCUUCCUUUCUACCCUGCUCUCCGUUAUCAUGCUCGGCAGCCACGUUGCUCACGUGCUCCUCUCUCUACUUUGCAUCAGACUGAGUGCCCAGUCUGAGCUGGAGACGGAUGAAGUGGUUCCCAGGCUGCUCUCGGGUCAGGAGGCGCACCUGUCCUCCGGCCGCCAUGUCCGCGGGCAGCGCUCCCUAAACGCCGCGGGGGGACGACACUCCGACCCGGGCAGCAUCCUUCUGUCACUGCCGGCGUUCGGAAGGAGCCUGUAUUUAAAUCUGACGUGGGACAGCACGUUUGUCUCGGGGGACUUCGUGGUCGAAGAGAGGCUCGGGGACCAGAGCGUAGCGGUGAGCCGCUUAUCCAACAAGCAGCUGUGCUUCUACUCCGGCUCCGUCAUCAACCACACGGGCUCCGUGGCGUCGCUGAGCACGUGCGGCGGCCUGACUGGGCUCAUCCAGAUCGGGGAGGACAGUCUAUUCAUUCAGCCAGUGGGUGAAAAUGGCCCCUCCCAGUCGUUCUCAGGACUAAAACACCGCCUACUGCGACGCCGACGCUGUGCCAAGACUAGCUCUGUUCCAGAUGCCGACUGCGGGGCUGUACAAAGGAAGAAAAAGGAGAUGAUGCCAAAAAUGGGGAAGGAGGGUCGCGGGAAGAGAAGCAUCAUUCACCUGCACGAAGCAUACUCUGUGGAGACGGUGGUGGUGGCAGACUCCGACAUGGUGCAGUACCACGGUGCUGAGGCGGCACAGCGCUUCUUGCUGACAGUCAUGAACAUGGUCUACAACAUGUUUCACCACCAGAGUCUGGGAGUCAGGAUAAACAUUCGUGUCACCAAGCUGGUCUUGCUUCACAGCCGCCCAGAAAAGCUAAAGGUGGGCCAUCAUGGAGAAAGGUCUCUGGAGAGCUUCUGUCAUUGGCAGUAUCAAGAGUUUGUGAGGCUGCGCUACUUUGGCACCAACCGCGUCCCUGGUGGACGAGAAGACAUCCCACCAGUGGACACUGCUGUGCUGGUCACCAGGACAGAUUUCUGCGUUCAUAAAGAUGAACCCUGUGAUACUGUGGGUAUUGCUUAUCUGGGGGGUGUCUGCAGUGCCAAGAGGAAGUGUGUGUUAGCAGAGGACAAUGGACUCAAUUUGGCGUUCACCAUUGCUCACGAGUUGGGGCACAACAUGGGUAUGAGCCAUGAUGAUGACCAUGCCAGCUGCCCUGGUCACUCCCACAUCAUGUCUGGUGAAUGGGUUAAAGGAAGAAACCCCAGUGACCUGUCCUGGUCCUCCUGCAGCCGCACUGACCUUGAGAACUUCCUAAGGUCGAAAGCCAGUGCCUGCCUCCUGCACACAGACCCCAGGAGCCGGUACCAGAUCCGCCUUCCUCCCAAGCUGCCAGGCAUGCACUACAGUGUGGAUGAACAGUGCCAGAUACUGUUCGGAACCAAUGGUAGUUUUUGCAGUGAUAUGGAGCACCUGAUGUGCACUGGCCUGUGGUGUUUAGUGGAAGGAGAUGCAGCCUGCAAGACCAAACUGGAUCCUCCUCUGGAUGGAACAGAGUGUGGCACAGAUAAAUGGUGCAGGGCAGGCGAGUGUGUGAGUAAGACUCCCAUCCCUCAGCAUGUGGACGGUGACUGGGGUCCAUGGAGCCAGUGGAGCAUGUGCAGCAGGACCUGUGGUACUGGAGUCCAUUUCAGACAGAGGAAAUGCGACAACCCUCCGCCUGGUCCUGGUGGGCGACACUGUCAGAAGGCCAAUGUGGAGCACAAGGCCUGUGAAUGUCCUCCCUGUCCCAAGGGGGCUACCAGCUUCAGAGACCUGCAGUGUUUGUCCUACAACCGAAACGCCAGCAAGAAGGAGGGCAGCUUGCUGACUGCUAUUAUUAAUGACGAGAAGCCAUGUGUGUUAUUUUGCAGUCCAGUGGGUCGAGAUGUCCCGGUCCUGAUGGCUGACAGAGUGAUGGAUGGGACACCCUGUGGACCAUAUGAGGCUGACCUGUGUGUUAACGGAAGGUGUCAGAGAAUUGGCUGCGAUGGCAUCAUCAACUCUUCAGCCAAAGAGGACCGCUGUGGUGUAUGUAAUGGAGAUGGUUAUUCCUGUAAGAUAGUGAGAGGAGACUUCAAUCACACCAAAGGAAUGGGCUACAUCGAAGCUGUGGUUAUUCCUGCGGGAGCCAGGAGGAUCAAAAUUAUGGAGGACAAACCUUCACACAGCUUUCUAGCUCUGAAAGACUCCAGCGAGAGAUCCAUCAACAGCGACUGGAAGAUCGAGCUUCCAGGAGAGUUUGAGCUGGCCGGAACCACGGUACGCUAUGUUAGAAGGGGACUGUGGGAGAAGAUGUCUGCCAAGGGACCCACGAAGACACCCUUACACCUGAUGGUGCUGCUCUUUCAUGACCAGAGCUAUGGGAUCCACUAUGAGUACACAGUGUCCCUGAACACAACUCAAGACAGUGACGAGGAUCUCUACAUCUGGACACACAGCAGCUGGCAGGACUGUACUGUAACAUGUGGAGGAGGUGAGAGGAGGACAGUGGUUUCCUGUAUGAAGAUAGACAAUAAAACCAUGGAGGUUUUCAACGACAGCUACUGUCAUCCUGAGAACCGACCACUUCCCCAAGUACGACUCUGCAACUCUCAUCCCUGCCAGUACCGGUGGUUGACGAGAGAGUGGGGAUCCUGCUCUGUCACAUGUAAUAAAGGCCUUCAGCACAGGGAGGUGGUUUGUGUUUACCAUCUACAGAAUGGCUCACUCAUCCACACAAGGGACCUGUAUUGCCAAGAAGGAAAACCUCCUGUUCUGCAAGGCUGUGAGGGCCACCUCUGCCUCACUGUGUGGGAGGCUUCAGAGUGGUCCAAGUGUUCAUCAGACUGUGGUCAAGGUGUUCUCAAACGGACGGUGUCGUGUACAAACCCUCAGGGUGUAUGUGAUCCUCUUUCCCAGCCCACUCAAGAAGAGCCCUGUGAGGACCAUUCCAAAUGUUACGAAUGGAAGACUGGAGACUGGUCCAAGUGCUCGUCAUCCUGUGGGAAGGGCCUGCAGUCGCGAGUGGUCCAGUGUAUGCACAAACUGACUGGUCGGCAUGGUAAUGACUGCUCAGUGACUCUUAGACCACCCACCUACCGACCCUGUCACCGUGGUACCUGCAAUGAAAAAAUCAAUGUGAACACCAUCACCUCCCCCAGGCUAGCUGCUCUGACCUACAAGUGCAUGGGGGACCAGUGGACCGUGUACUGCCGUGUGAUUCGAGAGAAGAACCUCUGUCAGGACAUGAGGUGGUACCAGCGCUGCUGUGAAACCUGUAGAGACUUUUACGCCAAGAAAAUGCUGAACAAGAGCUAAGGACCAAAUGCACUCACUUUUCCUCAACAUAACAUUCCCUUUUGUGAAUGUUUUGAAUAUUGUUAGAUAUUUAAAAAAAACAAUUGUAGGAAAACAGUUUAGGACCUUUUGUAUUUUAAAAAGGAAAAUGGCAAAUACAGGCAAAUGUACAUUUGAAAUAGAACUAUAUACUUCUAGAUUUGAUGAAGGCAUCUGCUGUACACCAAAUGAAAAGAGAGCGAAAGACGGGGCCUUUAAAAUGCCAAUCCAGAUGGUUUAAUUGCACAUUAUGAUGGAAUAAGUGUUUGACUUUGAGGUAGACUAUGAAAGGUCUAUCAGAUAACGUUGCAAUAUGAGUGAGCCAGAGCGUUCCCCUCUUUCUUAAUGAUGCUCUGCAUUGUAUAUUUUACUCUGUGUUAUUGCUAAUUGUUUCAAUUUUAAAUUAAUAAUAAAUAGCUUCAAAUAUUAGUAAUAUUAUUAUACUUAAGUGCUUUUAAAGUGUUUUUUAAAUCGCUUUCUCUCAUUUUUUUAAACAAUCUUAACAUUUUCUAUGCAAUUGUCAAAACUGUUUCAUGAGACAUUAAACUCUAAUUUAUGUCUGCAAAAGGUAGGUUAACUAAUCAAUACUGUACAAUACUGUAGUACAAAGGGAUAUGCACAUUUGUAUACUACAUUUAUUUGUGCCAAUGUCAUAUUUAUGGAAUAUAAAUAAUAAACAUUUCGAUAAUUCAAUGGAUUUAGAUUUGCAAGUGAUGGCUCAAAUGAUGAAAGACUGUUUAGAAGUUGUGACGAGUAUGACAACAACUCAUUAAUUUAAAUCAUGGUGGUUAUUGGGAAAAUUAAAGACAAUUGUACUUGUUUGUACACGUGCUAAACCACAUGCCAUUUGCUUAUAUGAAUAAGAAAUUAAAAUAUGUUGUGAACAAAAAGUUGUUGCACCUGCAGUUUAGCACUUUUGGUACAUACAACAUGGGAUAUAGACAGUUGCAUUUACUUGAAAGUCUGUGAGAUUAUUAAUGAAAUGUAUUGUUUAUUAUUUAAUUCAAAGUCAAAUUCACAAUUGAUAUGCACUGUGUACCGAUAUAUUUUCUUGUCCCUGUAUACAUGUCCUAGAGAGCCAAAUCUGAACACACGGUUAUCCUAAUAAUGAAUUAGUGUAAGAGCCACAUUAAACAAUGUUGUGUUUUUUGCGUAAUUUAAGAAUAAAGCAAUGUAUGUGCUAUCCAUGUUAUUGCCAGGUUAUACAUAUAUUUAUAUGAUUAAACAUUGAAAACUUUAUUUUCAAACAGCUGCUGUUCAAAAAUAUGAUAACUCUGCCAACCCUUUUCAUAUAGUGAUGGUGCUCAGAUGCAUCUAUGUGUCUUUUACAAGGGGUUAAAUGGUGCAAUCUUACGACGUAUGACUAUUGUGGAAUUCGGCUUAUUCUCAGUGAUGGUCCUCUUGCCAAUGUCAUCCAUUUUCAAGUAUGUUGUAAGAUUGUUUAAUAACAUUGCCUUUUCUUUCUUGUUUUUGUUUCCAAUACAAAGCAAAUAUCCUUAAGUAUUCCUAUUUUGUACUAUUUUCAGUUGCACAUACAGUAUGUUUGGUGCAUGAAUUGCAACUUUAUGUAUUUUAAGUUGCUGAUACGGAACUGAGUAAAUAAUCAGUUUGUAUGGCAAUUUCCCCAUUUCACUAUUGUGCAGUACUUACACUAUAUUUGUACUGUCAUCCAAAUACAACUUGUACUUGUUGUCAUGUAAUAAAUGAUGAGAUAUUGUCAUGGAAAAACCAACCCGCUGUUGUUUUAGACAUCCCUGUGAAUGGUUUGUACAGGGCCAUAAACUCUACACAUGCUUCAUAUCCUAUGACAGUAAAUGUAUGAUUAGGACCUGCAGUGGAUUAUAAAUCCACUUUUUUCUGUCUUGUUCUCUGUGUAGCUGCAGAAUCUGUUGAUCUUCCUGCAAUCAAUGAUGUGACAGUGAAAUUGUUGAAAGAAGUAUGGAAUGCCACUUAAGUCAAUAUUAAAUACAUAUUCUUGAAAUGAA